UUUUGUCCAGAAACCGGUUGCGGAAGUAGAGCGGAAGUGAGGCGUUCAUCUUCUCAUCCUGAACCAUGCUUGAAUGGAGGUGACCUUAGUUACUAUCAAACAGUAGAGUAAAACAACCAGGCGACACCUCGGUGCAUUGUCUCAGGCCGGUCCGGAUUAGAUGCUAGCUUGUGUUGAGAAUCAGUGAAGAGUUUGCUGAAGGAGCAGAACGAACAGAGAUGGCAGAGGCUCAUCAGGCACGCAUGCAGAAUGUGGUGGAAGAAAUGGUCCAAAGCCUGGAGAGAGACCACAUCCGUAAAAUGCAGGGUCGUAUGUUCAGCUGCAGCGCAGAGUGCUGUGAGCGCACCUCAGACUCCAUGUCUCAGGUGCAUCAUUGCAUAGAGAGGUGUCAUACUCCUCUGGCCCAAGCUCAGGGACUGGUCACCUCAGAGCUGGAAAAGUUUCAGGAUCGUCUGACCAGAUGCACAAUGCACUGCAACGAUAAGGCAAAGGAUCUCUUUGACUCGGGCGCCAAGGAGCCAGCUGUUCGAUCGAUGAUGGAGCGAUGUGUCGGCAGCUGUGUGGAUGACCACAUCAACCUCAUCCCCAGCAUGACCCGCAGACUCAAAGAGAACUUGGACUCUAUACCUCAGUGAAAAGCAGGGUGGACAACUGUGACCCGCCCUGGAGGCUUGAGCUCUUUACACACAUUUAAAGCAGUGCAGGUUCAAUAAGCUCAACGAUUGAAGAGUAGAGGGCUGAGGCUCCAUGAAGGGUGGGAGGAGGGAAGUUUAAUCUUGUAAUGCAUAAGAGAGUUUUUAUGUGUUUGAGAAGCUUUGGUGCUGUUGUCAAGAUUUAAAGUGCUUACUGUGAGAUUUGUUUUUGUACUAUGAGUAAUCUACAAACAGCUUCCUCCCUGGAGACUGGGAGCUGAAAGUCUGUUAGAUCUGCGAUAAGAAAAAUAUCCAGGAAGUCAUCUGGUGUCAAAUCCGUGUUUGCUGUCAAACUGCUUUGAGUAGACCGGAGUGUGCAUUUUCAACAAGUACAUAACAGGGUAACGCAUUCUAAAAUAUGGAGUACUCUUUUCAACACAACCCACAUCCCUCAAUGCUUAACGUCUGAUUUUUACUGAGUCAACUCUUCUUGGCCAUAUUUGUUCCCCUCCAGCCUGCACCUCCUAUCCCUUUAUUUUUUUAUCUCACUGUACUGUGAGUUCUUCUAAACCCUCUUACCUCCAAUGUUGAGAUACAUUCACGUCUGGAUUAAAAGUACUGUAAACGUC